AGCUGUCAUGUGAACGUAUUGUUAAUUCAACUAUCUGGUUCACAUUGACCAUCGUGAGCUUCUAGAGAGGCUGGCUCAGAACGUGUUUUGGCGCCUAUAUAUAUCACAUAACGGAAACGUUUCUUCAAUUAGUAUGACCUAUUCUACAACGCCCACUAAACUUAAAUCACUCUUUAGUAAAGCUCGUUCUUUUCUCCGACUCGCAACAACCACUUCCUCCGCUGCCACAGCCGCCGCUUCUCUUUCCACUUCCACCACCACCACCUCCGCCAUGGACGAUCUCUCCUCAUCCCUCAAGACCAAAGUUUGCAUCAUUGGUAGUGGCCCUGCCGCCCACACCGCUGCCAUCUACGCUGCCAGAGCUGAACUCAAACCCAUCCUCUUUGAAGGAUGGAUGGCCAAUGAUAUUGCCCCAGGCGGACAGCUCACCACCACCACUGACGUUGAAAACUUCCCUGGGUUCCCUGAUGGCAUUCUUGGCUUGGAAUUAAUGGACCGCUGUCGCAACCAAUCUCUCCGUUUUGGUACCAAGAUUUUCACCGAAACCGUCACCAAAGUCGAUUUCAAGUCCUUUCCUUUUAAAGUCUUUACAGAUUCCAAGUCUGUUUUGGCUGAUUCUGUAAUUGUUGCGACUGGUGCCGUCGCCAAAAGGUUGGAAUUUACCGGUUCAAGAGAUGGGCCGGGAGGGUUUUGGAAUCGGGGAAUUUCAGCGUGUGCGGUUUGUGAUGGAGCAGCCCCGAUAUUUCGGAACAAACCGUUGGCCGUGAUUGGAGGAGGUGAUUCAGCUAUGGAAGAAGCAAACUUUUUAACUAAGUAUGGAUCAAAAGUCUAUAUAAUUCAUAGGAGGGAUAGUUUUAGGGCUUCUAAGAUUAUGCAGAACAGGGCGCUUACAAACCCUAAGAUUGAUGUAAUUUGGAAUUCUGUAGUGGAGGAGGCUUAUGGAGAUGGAGAGAAGGGAGUAUUGGGUGGAUUGAAGUUAAAGAAUGUGAUGACUGGAGAAGUUUCUGAUUUGAAGGUAUCUGGGUUGUUCUUUGCCAUUGGACAUGAGCCUGCUACCAAGUUCUUGGAUGGCCAAUUGGAGCUUCAUUCAGAUGGUUAUGUUGUCACUAAACCAGGAACCACACAGACCAGUGUGCGUGGGGUUUUUGCUGCAGGAGAUGUUCAGGACAAGAAGUACAGGCAGGCUAUUACGGCUGCGGGCACUGGGUGCAUGGCAGCCUUGGAGGCCGAACAUUACUUGCAAGAGAUAGGAUCCCAGGAGGAUAAGAGUGAUUCUUCACUGUAGAUGUCCCAGGGGUAUGGAAGCUUCUCUGCCGACAAGCAAAGUUAAAGCUUUCUGUGGAGAAAUUGAAAUGUUGGAUUGUUAGUUGAUUUAUUAAGUAUUUGGAAAAAUGGAUUGGCAAUAUGUCUUGAGUAUGUUUUAGUACUACAUUUUAAAAUGUAAUCAGUGGAUGGAAUAGAACUUCAUCUUUUGUGUGUGUUUUCUUGGUUGACUGAGUUUGAGGGAUCGUGUAAUGCACCAGUAGUGAUAUUCAUCUUCA